UUUCUUUGUUUCCGAUAACUUUGUCUUUGUUGAAAACUAGGGUUUGCUCUAAUGGUGGGUUUCGUCUGUUGCAAUUAGGCCGUUUCUUGGAAUUUUUCAUUUCUCCUGGAACGGAAGUGCGGUUGUAGUUGCUUCCUAAAUAUAUAAUCCUUAAUAUGAUGUUUUCUGGUUUUGAAGGUGAUAUUUGUUUGGAAAAUAUGUCAUCAAAGUACCAAAUACUUGACAAUAGACCGAUUGAUCAAUGGAAGGUUACUGAGUUGAAAGAUGAACUUAAGAGGCGGAAAUUGACAACUCGGGGCUUGAAAGAGGAUUUGGUAAAACGUUUGGACGAAGCGCUUCGAAUAGAGAGGGAAAAUACUGAAAACGAGGAAGACAAUGGUUUAAAUUCUGAUCCCCGGACAAUAGAUGAGAGUGGGGUUGAAAAGGUGAUGCUGGAUACUGCAGAGACAGUUAAAGAUGUUGUGGAUCAUAGUGGAAGUGAGAUCAAGAAGGAGAGUGGGGUGAAGGUUCAGGUUGACAUUAAUGAGAGUGCAGCUGCUUUGGGUCACGAAGGAGUUCAGGGAAGGGACAGCAUGGUGCAAGAGGAGCUCAUUGCUCAAGCUACCACCGUUCAGACUGAUAUAACAGUUACCAAGGAUGUGGUAUCUGAGGUACCAAUAAUUGGACAAGCUUUGCAGAGCUUAGGACAAAACGAGAAUGUGAAUAUUGAUAUCAAAUUGGAGUAUGAGGAUCCUAAGCUCCAAUUGGAGACUGAGGAUCCAAAGGCAUUGUUGAAGAAUGAAGGCCCAAAGCAUCAGGUGGAGAGUGAGGGUCCAAAGGCUGAAGAACCCAAGGGCGAGCUGGAGUGUGUGGGUUCAAAGCCUCGAGUGGAGAGUGAUGAUUUGAAGUCCCUACUGGACAUUGAAGAUUCGAAGGUGCAUCCGGAGAAUGAUGAUUCAAAAGCUGCACAUGAGGAUGACAUGCGUGAUUCUUCUGCUCCGAACAUCCAGGUCUCUGAGACCAAGAUGUUAUAAAGCCAGAUAUGCUGGAACCAUCAUCCAGCAAUGUUGUCCCAGUUAGUGGUGAAGCACAUCCAAUGGAUGUUGAAGUGCCACCUGAGAUAAAGGCACCUUUUGAUGAGAGAGAUGACAAGAAUAUUACAAAUGUAGACAUG